GUUACUUUAGAAAGAAAGCUCCCAAACAACAUAUGCAGUAAUACUCCAAGAUUAAGAGGACUCACCGUCUAUUGGAACCAACUUGACGGUGAAAUUCCCAGGAAUAUAGGCAAAUGCAAAGAGCUUAGGGUCCUGCAAUUGCAAGUCAAUAAUUUCAGCGGAGAAAUCCCGAGUGAAAUUGGAAGUUUGACGAUGCUCAGAGCUUUGUACCUAUGGAGAAACCAAUUCAAAGGUAGAAUACCAAAGCAAAUUGGGAACCUCACUUCUCUAACAGCGCUGUACCUAGAGUCUAAUCACUUGACAGGCAUGUUUUCUAACUCAACUUUGAUUGAACCCAGAAAAAAUAAUCUUGGCUUAAUAAAAGGCGGUCUUGUUUUAUGAAUUUAAUUUCUGUUAGUAUGCUUUGAAUAUGUUGUUUGCCGCUAGCCAAGCGAGGUUUAAUUGUCUUAUUGUCUUAGGCCUUAAUUGUCUUAUUGGGCCUAGCCCGUAGUCUGUAUCCCUAUUUAUAUAGAAGUAGGGCGCAUAACUCAGUAAUCCGACACAACGUUGGUGACCCAUAUAAAUCUAUGUCUCUUUACGUUUUCUUGAUUACACAAUUACUCAAUUCUGUCACAACAGUUUCCUUCUUUUAUCAACAUAUAUGGAGUAUUAGUUUUCUAUUUUUUUUUAAUUACAAUUCACUUAACCUAAACUUUUGCUUUGUGCUAUUAAAUGUACAAUAUAUGACUAGAAGGCCAAUUCUUUGGUGUGAGAUGAGCGAUCACCAAAAAAUAUUUAUGGCAGGUGAAUUGCCAGAAGAGCUUUCUAAUUUGGCAUCCCUACGUUUUCUCAUUUCGGGCAAUAAUUCUUUAUCCGGUGCUAUCCCACAUGCCAUCUUCAAUAUAUCAACCUUGCAAGCAUUAAGCCUUCAAACGAACCAAUUUUCGAGCACUCUUCCUUUAAACAUGGGCGAUUCACUUCUCAAUCUCAGACGCCUCGCUUUACAUGCCAACAAACUCAGCGGCCCCAUUCCUGCAUCUAUCAAUAAUGCUUCUCAGCUUAGUGAAUUGAUAUUGCAACAAAAUUCAUUCACCGGCCCCAUUCCCAGUUUCGCUAGUUUAAGGUUCUUAACCUUGUUUGUACUCAGCGAAAAUAACUUGAGCGCAACCCAGGAAAUGGAAUUUCUCUCUUCAUUAACUAAUUCUCAGUAUCUCCAGGUUCUUCAAAUAUUAAACAAUCCACUAUCGGGUGGUGUUCUACCAAAUUCCAUUGCAAAUCUAUCCCAAUCUCUUGAGUUUUUCUUGGCGCAAAACACAAGUAUUAGAGGUGUCAUUCCUUCUCAAGUAGGAAACUUGUCCAAUUUGAUAGAACUAAAUCUAUUUGGCAAUCAGCUGAAUGGAUCAAUUCCGGCUACGAUUGGAAAUUUGAAGAAUCUUGGGAGAUUAGCCCUUGUUUCUAAUAAGUUGCAAGGAUCUAUCCCCGUAGAGCUUUGUCAGAUGAGUGGUUUGGCAGAGCUGUACUUGAGCUACAACAAGCUCGAAGGUCCAAUACCAGAAUGUUUGGGUGUAAUGCAUAGUCUAAGAGUGGUUGAAUUUGACUCAAACAAGUUGAAUUCCGCCAUACCUCCCAAUUUCUGGAAUCUUGAAGAUCUCGGGGGAUUAAACUUGUCCUCAAACUAUUUGAGUGGUCAGAUCUCAUCUCAGAUUGGAAACUUGAAGGUAAUCAACGAAAUGGAUUUCUCCUUUAAUCUAUUUUCCGGUGAUAUUCCCAGCUCCAUCGACCAUUGCCAAUCAUUAGAAAAUCUCAUUUUGUCAAACAAUAAAUUUGGAGGAUCCAUCCCUCAAUCGCUGGGAAAUAUGAAAGGUCUGACAAAACUAGAUUUAUCUAAUAACAGUUUUACUGGAUCGAUUCCCAAAUCAUUACAAGAUCUCAAAUUCUUGGAGUAUUUCAAUGUAUCUUACAACAGAUUGGAAGGGGAAAUUCCAAAUGGGGGCCAUUUUUCUAACUUUACCGCUUUAUCAUUUGUGCACAACUCAGCACUUUGCGGUGAAGCGAGAUUAGAAGUGCCACCUUGUGCACAAGUUGAGGGAGGAGCAAAAUCAAAGAGUGUUGAUCGAUUAAUGAAGUACAUUUUGCCUCCUCUCUUUUCAGCUAUGGUUGUAGUGAUCAUUGUAGUUAUUCUCAUAAGACGACAUAAGCUUGUACAAGGGAGAAUUCCGGAUAAUACUUUGCUAGGUAAUUCUUGGAGAAUAAUCUCAUACAUUGAACUAUUGCGAGCAACAGAUUCAUUUAGUGAGACAAAUCUACUUGGGAGAGGAAGCUUUGGAUCGGUUUUCAAAGGGAUAUUUGAUGAUGGAUUGAAUUUUGCAGUGAAAGUGUUCAAUAUAGAGUUGGAAGGAGGUAACAAGAGCUUCGAAACUGAAAGUAGAAUACUGAGCACAAUUCGACAUAGGAACUUAGUUCGAGUCAUUGGCUGUUGUACCAAUAUGGAAUUCAAGGCUUUGAUUCUUCCGUUCAUGUCGAAUGGAAGCUUGGAGAAAUGGUUAUACUCAGAUAACUAUUGUGUAGAUAUUCUACAAUUGUUGAAUAUCUCGAUUGAUGUUGCUUUAGCUUUGGAGUACCUUCAUCACGGUAAUACCUUCCCCAUUGUGCACUGUGAUAUAAAGCCGAGCAAUGUGUUGCUCGAUGAAGAUAUGACAGCUCGUAUUGCUGAUUUUGGUAUUGCAAAGCUCUUUGAUGCAGGGGAGGUCAUCAUCCACACUAAAACGCUAGCUACUAUCGGUUAUGCAGCACCAGAGUACGGAUCACAAGGAAAAGUAUCAACGAGUGCUGAUGUAUAUAGUUUUGGGAUAAUGUUGUUGGAGAUGUUCACGAGAAAGAAGCCGACAAAUGAUAUGUUUGGAGGCGAAAUGAGCUUGAAGGAGUGGGUCAGUGAAGCACUAGAAGCAACUGAAAUCUAUCAAAUAGCAGCCCAUGCUUUGCUAUCAGAAGAAGAUCGACAGUUUGAUAUGAAAGUGAAUUGGAUGAAAUCUGUGUUUGAAUUGGCAAUGAAAUGUUUAGUCAUUUUGCCCGAUGAAAGAAUCGACAUGGUUGAAGCAGCAGCCGCACUAAAGAAGAUCAAAGCAAAAGUUGAAACAGCGUCGCGCAAGUAAUUUUCACGACUAAUGGUCAAAUAUAAAUAGUUUCUUUUUAUGUUUUUUGUUGUUUAAAUGAAUCGAGCAUGUUAGAACUCUUUAUAGGUUCUUCUUCUUUUACUUUUUCCAAUGUUGAAUUGUGGGAAAAGGACAUAAUUUUAUCUAUUAUUUA